AUGGUGGAGAUGAGCGGUAGCGGCCUUGCGGGAGUAAGGCGUCUCCACAACGAGCGUGAGAAAAGGCGGCGACCACGGACGGCAACGACGACACGCCCUCGAGCUCUCGAUGCUGCAGGUGGAUGUUCCCACGGCAAUGCCCGUUCGACCUUCGUCGAAGCGCCCCCCCGCGCGCGCGCUCCAAGGGUAUCCCCGAGGCAGCGACGACGGAUAGAAGACACUCACGCCUACCUCUGUUCGAAGGUGGACCCGGUUAUGGGCUCCCUCAUCCUGGUGCUGAUGGAGAGCAGACCCGAGGAAAUUCGCAAGGCGGCGUUGGAUCACCUCCUGUCGAAGAAGCGAAUGAGAGAAGCUAGCGCAGAUGAUGCCCGUGUAGGGAGAGCUGCGGGAGGAAACCCGACGACGGCAGACCCUAAACAAGAUGUUUGUGGCAGCGAGGUCGAAGAAGAGGAGGCUGCGCAGCGACGGCGACUCGCUCGGCAUCAGGACCGCGUGUUCAUGGCGCGAGAGGUUGGGCCGCUUGUCACCGAGCUCAUCCGCCGGACGCUGCGUUCCAUGCCGGCCGACGUGGAACUCUUCCUCAUCGAACAACUCAAGGGGGUUCCCUCGGGCGGCGCAUGCGAUCAGGACAUGAACGACAACAACCAUCGCCUUGCUUUUCCUCCACCCGAUGGGGCUGAACCCAUCAGCAGGAGUAGCAAACAACACCAUCUCGGCAACAGAUCGGGCCAGCCGCACCGGCCAACGAGGCCGUCCACGGCAAGAAGCCGUCUGCAGCAGGCCCAGAGCUUGGACCUCCACGUUCAGCAGACAUCCCCGCCGUUGUCGGGGAGGACCGAGGCGCGAAGGUCGCCGAGCCCUCCUCGAGGACCGCAGAACGGGGGCCUUCCCGACGAGGACGACCUCGGUUCUGGUGGUGUAGGCGGAGAAUCCUCGCGACCGGGAGGUGGCGGUGGAGCCGUCGUGGACGGGGCGAAGGAGAGUCUGAACAAGCCAUGGGACGUCGAGGUAUCGUCGAAGUUGAAUAUCCCGCCAUUUGAAGACCAGCCCCGGGAACCCUGCAAACCGAAGCAGAAGGUCGCUGUGAUCUUGUUGCUCGGGCUGGAUGGAGCGGGGAAGACUACGCUUCUAGGAACACUGCAGGGCGAGCAAGACCCACGGGUUCGUCCCAGUGUCGGGUUCAAGCCAGUGACAAUGAUGCUCAGCGACGAGCUCAAGGUAAAGUUCUACGAUCUGGGCGGGGGCAAGAACAUCCGGAGCAUCUGGGACAAGUACUACCACGACGCGCACGGCCUGCUCUACGUCGUUGACGGGGCGGACGGGGAUCGUUGGGGACAGAGCAAGGACAUGUUCUUCGCCGCCACGAGCCACAAGUACCUCCAAGGAAAGCCUUUGGCUGUCAUCCUGAACAAGGAGGACGCCGGGCUGCAGAUCAGGGAGGAGAAGGCCGCCGCCGACCUCGGAUUGAGCAGUAGAAGAGACGCAAAGGUGUGCCACUGCUCGGUAAACGCGUCGAAGGCCGAGGGAGGAGUGCCUGACGAGCGGUUGGAAGGGGCGGUGGAGUGGCUUCUGGAGACCAUCAAUGAGAGUUUCCCUGCGCUAAACGAGCGCGUUCAGCACGACCUCCAGGACAUGGAGAGGGAGUUCCAGUUGGAGAAGGAGAGGAAACAGCUUCAAGUGAUGCGGGGCUUGCUGCGCAAGGCUUUCCCGCAGGUUGAGAUGCUGCAGAAGGGCUGGCACUUUGGGCUACACGAGAGGACGAUGUGGUGUUGUCAUGAGUGGUUGGACGGUAGCACCAACUCCAAUCGAAAGGGUCCGACUAAGGGUGGCUUGCUAGGGGCUCUGCGGCUCACAACCCUCGACGGCAAGACAGGCGUUAGGGCUUGGGUCUUUUAA